AGCUUAUUCUGCUAAAAUGUUUGAUUUGCUUUCCCAACUUUCUUUUUUAAAAUCGAUAGAUAUUUGCAUUUCGGUCAUUGAACUUAAUGAGCUGAAAAAUGUGCGUUUCCUUUACGUGCUUUACGAUAGUGGCUGUCUUAUUUAAUAACAUCGGAGCCAGAGAGCACCCUGGAACCGGAAGUCUAUAUGACAACUUCCCUAGUAACGGGACUCUUGCUAUUUAGCAUGUUGUAAAUGCUUCUUUUGGAAAUCUCUUCUAAGAUUAAUUAUUUAAAUAUAAUCUUAUUUUAAUGUAUGCAAAUUUGUGUUUAGAGACGUAACGAGCGACGUAUUAAAGUAACUUAGCUACUAGCUAACCAGCGAGUCCCCUAGCUGUUCACAGAAUCAUGUUUCUGUCGGCAUAAUGAUUUUUUGCAGCUGGGGCUCAUUUCACGUAUUUUUUGUCCUUUUAGAGUCUUUAGCUCACGCUACCACAGCUUUAGGAGCUACUUCUACUGUUAAUUCCAACCCAACAAAAGGCGAGCCUUUCAGCUCAGUCACUCCAACUCCGGGAGUUCCGGGGACCGUGAACUCAGCCGAUGGACCUACUGAGGAGGUCACUCUGUAUCCCACUGUGGGCUCCACGGUAACCGCGACGCUGUCCGUGUCUGAAGCGCCAACUACAAUGGUUACAGAGGCUCCGAUGUCUGCGCAGGGAUGUCUCUGUAAUUUAACCCCUGAUUUUUGUGACAUUGGCUGCUGCUGUGACACAGCUGAUUGUGAUGUUGCCAAUCUGAGCACUGUCUUCACUGGAUGUCCUCAACCAGUCAUAUCAGGGGUUUGUAUUGAGAAAUGGCUUAUGUUCAGAGCGAACAUGAAUGCAUCUCUUCUUACUGUGACUGACUCCAUGUUUUGUGUCCGAUCUGAAGAUGGUGGACCCAAGUCUCUUCCAAGACUACCUCAGUUUCCAACUUUAGGGGACUUGUAUUACUUCUCACCACCAAAAAAUGUAUAUAUCACGCACACCAGAGAUUUUUACAGGGUUGAUGAUGCAAUCCAGACAUUUUUCCCCACCUCCUCUGUGCGGAGUGUCCUCCGCCAGCCUUCUCCAGGGACUGCUUCUACAUUCUGCAUGAACCGCAACCCUGCAAAGUUUUUGAGGUCUACAUCUCUGUCUUGUACCCAGAGUGUGACCAGUCAGUCAUGCACCACAGAUCCAAAUCUGAACGCCCAGUCCUACUUCUCUGACCUGACUCUGCUUAAGAUUCCAACAGCUGAGACAGUGAUCUCAUCAGAUUUCCCGAUCCCAGUAACUCCACGAGCUGACUGGCCUGCACCAACCAGACUAAACAGUUCCUGUGUAGAUGUUGUGAAAAGGGUGGAGUUUAUCAUAGGUUAUACAGGGAGGGGUGAGCUCACAUAUGCAGUAAUAAACGUAGAGUUGGCUGAUGUGGAUUUUGAUCAGCUGUUGCUGCAGACACACUCUGUACAUUUCCAGCUGGCCACACCAAGCCCCACUCCAGGAGAAUUAACGCCUCCUGUCGGCCUUAAAGUGGGAUCUCCUGUCAUUGGUCGUGCUGACGGAAAAGUGCAGCCUCUAACAUCACUCGGUCUAUCACAGGGUGGGGAGUGUUCUUCUGAACUCAGCAGCCGUGCACAGAUACACUUCGCACAUAACACCAUCACUGGUUGCACAUUUAGAUCCCCAGCUAAUAACUGUUCUGAGCUGCGCUCGCAGAUUUACAGGGUAUUACAGGGACUCUCUGCUCCUGAUGUGAUCGCCAUGAACUCCGGCUCUGAACCAGACUGGACAAGAGUAAUCUUGCAGGAGUGUCCCAUCAGUCUGGAGGAAACAUGUGAAACAGGCUGCAUCCUCCCACAUUCUCUCUAUAUAAAAGUGCUGUGGGCUCGUCAGGGUAUCAUCGACUUUCCCCAGAACUACCUCCUGGGAGCUAAAUACCAGUACCAAUGUCAAAAUGUCAAGUGUCCUCUGUUGUCCCCUGUUGUCCUGACAACAAGCGUUGCAUUUGUUGAAACCACAGAAUACCAAGGCCCCCCCAGGGGCUUGCCUCAGCCUUUCUGGAAGUUUCCAUUUGCCUUCUUCACUCGAGGCACUGCUGAGCUGGACGGUCACUUUGUUACUAGCGGCUGUAACACUGAGAAGGUCACAUGGAGUUUAACGCUGUUCACAGUCAUGUUGCUAACAGGAUUAGAAUUCUUCACUAGCUAGCUUGUUAGGUAACAAAGGAGCAGUGGGUUGUUUUAACAUUUGAACACUUGUUCAUUUGAGAACAAUCUAAAAAUAAUGUAUUAAAGUUUGUUUUUGGUGAA